UUCACGGCGUCUGGUGACUUCCUCUCAUUUCCGUAGCUGGACAGGGGUGUGUGUUGCCCUGUGUAAGCAAGGAUGGCGACGCUUGUGGAAUCUGCAGACAUUGAGACUUUAAGCAGUUCGAGCAACGUUAUGGCAUCCCCAAUGUCCGCGAGUCUCUCGCACCGUUUUGACGACAACAAAUUUUACCUGCUUGUGGUUAUUGGAGAAAUAGUCACGGAGGAUCACUUGAAGUGUGCCAUUGCGGAUAUAGAAAAAGGGAUUCGCUCAUGGGACACCAACCUCAUUGACUGUAACCUGGAUCAGGAACUAAAGCUCUUUGUCUCCAGACAUUCAGCCCGUUUCUCUGCAGAUGUACGAGGGCAGAGAAUUCUCCACCACAAAAGCAGCGUUCUCGAGACAGUAGUGCUUAUCAACCCCUCAGAUGAAGCUGUCAGCACUGAGGUUUGUCAGAUGAUCUCAGACACAGCCAGAAACAAGCUGCUGGUGCUUUCAGGACAAAGCUUUGAAAACACAGGAGCACUGAUUUUGCAGUCUGGCUCCUUCUCUUUCUUCAACUUCAUAGAUAUAUUCACAGACCAAGAGAUUGGUGAAUUACUUAGCACUAUUCGCCCAGCAAACAAGGCAAGCCUAACCCUCUAUUGCCCUGAGCAAGGUGACUGGAAAAACUCAAACUUGGACAAACACAACCUACAAGACUUCAUCAACAUGAAGCUCAAUUCACCACUGAUACUCCCAGAGAUGGAAGGUCUCUCAGAGUUCACAGAAUACCUGUCGGAGUCAGUAGAAAUCCCAUCGCCAUUUGACAUGCUGGAGCCUCCGACCUCUGGUGGUUUCCUGAAGCUCUCAAAACCAUGCUGCUACAUUUUCCCCGGCGGCCACGGCGAUUCUGCCCUCUUUGCGGUGAAUGGGUUCAACAUGCUCAUCAACGGGGGCUCCGACCGCAAGUCCUGUUUCUGGAAGCUGGUGAGACACCUAGACCGGGUAGACUCCAUCCUCCUGACCCACAUCGGGGACGACAACUUGCCAGGCAUCAACAGUAUGCUUCAGAGGAAAAUGGCUGAGCUGGAGGAAGAGCAGUCACAGGGUUCCCAAGCUACUGGCGACUGGUUGAAGAACCUCAUAUCCCCAGACAUUGGGGUUGUGUUCUUGAACACCCCUGAUAAUCUGGGGAACCCUGCUGAACCCAACUUCAGGGUGAGGAGGAACAUUGAAGAGGCAGCACACACACUCCAUUACCUGAGCAAGUUGAAUCUGAGGCCCGAGCCUUUGCAGAGGCCGGUCGGGAACACUAUCGAACCCAUCAUUCUGUUUCAGAAGAUGGGCGUGGGGAAGCUUGAGAUGUAUGUGCUGAACCCGUCAAAGAACAGCAAGGAGCUGCAACAUUUUAUGAAGCAGUGGACAGGCAGCGAGAAAGACAAAGCCACUGUUAUUCUGCCCAAUGGAAACGAAUCUGAGCUCCCAAUUUCUUAUAUGACCUCAAUCUCUUCCUUGAUUGUGUGGCACCCAUCAAACCCUUCAGAGAAGAUAGUACGUGUCCUGUUUCCAGGCAAUGCCUCUCAGUAUCACAUUCUUGAAGGUUUGGAAAAACUAAAACACUUGGACUUCUUGAAGCAGCCAGUUGUCACCCAGAAGGAGCUAUCUUCUAACUUGGCACCAGCUCUAAAGCAAGCAAAGCUGAAACAUAAAACUGACAGCAAGGAGAGUUUGAAGUCAGUCUCUAGGCCAUCACCAAGCAAAAGUUUCAAAAAGGAGUCGAAGGAGGAGGCUCCAGAGAAGGCAAAGACAGAUGCAGAAUCGGCUCAAGAAAAGACUAACAAAUUUGAGAAAAAAGACAAACCUUUAGUGAAAAAAGAAAAAGCGAAGGCACCGGAAAAAGAAGUGAAGGUGAAAGCAGAGCCAACUACCGAAACUCCAGAAAAGAAGAAGGCUGAAAUGAAACCAAAAGCUCUUAAGGAGAAGAUUAUCAAAAAAGAACCCAGGAAGUCUGUAGAAAAGAAAAAUGAUGAAAAGGAGGUAAAGAAAGAAGUUGUGAAGAAAGAUGAUAAGCUAACAUCUAAAAAGGAAGAAACACCCAAAACAGAACAGAAGCAAGAAACACCCAAAAAGGAACAGAAGGUGAAGAAAGACAUUUUAAAGAAAGACAGAGAUUUCAGGAGGGAUUCCCCCAUGAAGGUGAGGAAGGAAGAGAAUAAGGAGCAAAAGAAAGACAUAAAGAAGCCAUCCAAGGAUUUAAAAAAUACUCCUUCUGCUUUAGGCGAAGGGAAAAAACUUGCAGCAAAACCAAAACCUCUGAAAAAAGAUGACACUACAAAGAAAGACUUUGGAAGCCCUUCCAAGUCCAAGGCAAAACCGAAAGUCACCAAGAAGGACCUCAAGGCCACAGAUGCUAAAUCUGCUGUUGCAGGAGCUGCAGCUGUCACAGCAGGAGUGGUAGCCACUGCCACUUGUGCUGCAGAGGUCCUUGAGACAGAUAGAGCCAUGAUGUCUUCUCCAGAGGACCUCACUAAGGACUUUGAAGAGCUCAAAGAAGAGGAGAUUUUUCAGGAAGAAGAGCCAGUGGUGAUCCACAGAGAGGAUCUCAUGCACUCUAAGGAGUCCCCUGAAGCAGCAGAGUCUCUGGAUGAGGGGAUCACAACCACUGAGCAUGAAGGAGAAAGCGGGGAGACUCCAGAGGAACAAGAGCAUAAAGGGAAGUUGAGCGGCAGCGGCAGUGAGAGGUUUGAAGAUGAAGGAACUGGGCUCGAUUAUGAAGAGAAGGGAGAGACAGAAGAGGUUCAUGAGCCAAUGAGAAGGGAAAUGGACAACCAUAAACAUGCUGAUGACAGUGAAGAUGAGGACUCUGAGGACGAGGAUGCAGAGCCAGACCAAUGUGGAAAAGAUCUUAACAGAAAUGAAGGAGAAGUACAGAAGUGGGGCCUGUCGGUGACACCCCCUCCCAAAACUUCUGAGCCUCUCUCUCCGUCUGCAUCUAUUCAUGAUGAGACCCUUCCAGCUGGCUCUGAUGACGAAGCAGCCUCAGAUGAUGAGAACCGUGACGAGGCAUACACUGCUACAUCUGGCCACACCCAGUCAACUAUUGAGAUCUCCAGUGUGCCAACUCCAAUGGACGAAAUGUCUACUCCAAGGGACAUUAUGAGUGACGAGACUACAAACGAUGAGACAGAGGAUUCUCCCUCUCAGGACUUUGCCAGGUUUGGAGGAACAAUGUUAGGAGACCUUGAGAGGAAGCGGCUGUCUCCACUACACGAUGGCCCAGAGUCAGACCAUUCAAAGAGCGAUGCCACCGAAGGCAGGGGCUACAACGCUUCUGCAUCCACAAUAUCUCCACCAUCGUCACUGGAAGAGGACAAAGAGGAAGGGUUCAAGUCUGACAAAUUUGGUCUUGAUUCAGCAAGCUCUAUACUCACCACUACUUCACCUCUCAUCCGCUCCCCUUCAGCUCCUAAAGGAACCUUUGACUCAUAUUUAUCUGGAUUCGCGGCACCAAUUGAACUGUGCACAACACUUUCAGGAUCAUCAAAGGUAGCAGCUGGGUCUUCUACUAGCCCAGAUGACAAGACAUUGGAAGGUACCACCUCACCUCAUUCCUCUGGUCACACCCCUUACUUUCAGUCUCCCGUGGAUGAGAAGGCUGGCUCUGUAGCACCUGCAAAUGACCAUGGGCCUGUAAUUGUAGAAGUUACAAGUGAUAAAGAAGAUUCCAACAGGGUCAGCCCCAUGGACGACCCAAUUCCUGACCACACCUCGACUGUAGAGAAGGUGCUGUCCCCAAUCAAGAGCCCGCCGCCUGUAGUAGAAGGAAAGUUACACUUUGAUUUAGAUCAUAUGUCAACAAUGCACUUGAGUCAAGAUGAGAAGAAAAACGGGGCUAGUGACAGUACCUCAUUCUCAUCCACAAACCCAUUCGCAGGUUUCAAAGAGGAGAGUAAAAUGUCGAUCUCGGAGGCAACCACGUCUGAUAAAUCGGGUAGCCCUGUAGAUGAGGCUGUAGCAGAGGACACUUUUUCACACAUCGCCUCGGCUUCCACUGCCUCACUGGCCACCAGCUCAUUCCCAGAGCCUAUGACAGAUGACGUUUCCCCUGCUCUCCAUGGUGAAGCCGGUUCCCCUCAAUCAACAGAGGUGGAGGACUCCUUAUCUGUCUCUGUGGUUCAGACUCCAACCCCUUUUCAGGAGGCAGAGGUCUCACCUAAAGGGGAGAGCCCCAGGCCCAUGUCAAUAUCUCCAGACAUUUCACCAAAGACAGCCAAAUUAAGGACACCAGUGCAGGAGCCUAAAUCCCCAGAGCAUUCCACCAUGUCAUUUGGCCAGGAGUCCCCUGAUCACUCAUUAGCCCUCGAUUUCAGCAAACAGUCUCCAGAGCACCCUUCUGCGGGCAGCCUACGCGCCACAGAGAACGGACCAACAGAGGUGGACUACAGCCCCUCAGAGGGGAAUGAUCUGAGAUCCUCCGAGCAGUACAGACCCACUGUAGACAAGCCUAUGCUUUUCAAAGACAAUGACUCAGGUCGCGCCACUUCUGCGUCCCCAUCAGAUGCAUCUCAGUCCACCCCCUCGACAACUACGCCUUGUCAGAUGAGGGAAAUGUCACCGGGCUUAGCCCAGCAGAUGGACAAAUCCCCUGCCACCCCGAAAGGGUCUUCCCCCUCUUCCCCCUCCUAUUCUUGCUUCACCCAGAAAACAGAUAUGCCCCUAGGAGCAGAGACUAAUCCCUUCAAAUGUGGUGGAGAUUCCAAAUCCCCUGUCAGCCCCAAGGUUCCCUCCCCAUCCUACAUACCACUCUCUUUCAACCACUCCGACUAUAAGAAGUGUGCAGUUGGUUCCAAGGACCCAGACUCCUCCCAGAAGAGCCCCUCUCCUGGGUCUAGGACAGAUGUUGACCUUUGCCUUGUGACCUCUUGUGAGUACCGCCACCCUAAGACAGAGCUGUCCCCAUCCUUCAUCAACCCCAGUCCUUUGGAGUACUUCAUGAAUGAGGAGAACCCUCUGGAGGAGGAAAAGCCUCUGGCUAAGUCAGGCGGAGGACCUCCACCCCCUGGUAGUAAACUCCACGCUAAGCAAUGUGAAGAGACCCCACCAACCUCCAUCAGUGAAUCCGCCCCAUCCCAGACGGAUUCGGAUGUUCCCCCUGGGACAGAGGAGUGUCCUUCUAUUACUGCGGACGCAAACAUAGACUCUGAGGAUGAUUCUGAGACACUACCUACAGACAGGACCCUGACUUACAGACAUGCUGAUCCUCCUCCCGUGGCUCCCAGGGACUCUGCUCCGUCUCCAGCCCACCCAGAUGUCACCAUGGUGGAUCCGGAGGCCGACAAGCCCCCCGCUGACGACAACAACCAGACUAAGGACAAGGACUCAAAGGCAGAGGGAGCUGAGAAAGCUAAGAAGAAGAAACUCACCAAGACCAAGUCCUCCUCACCAGUCAGAAAGACUGGCCUUUCAAAAGUAAAGGAUUCAAAAGCAAUGGCCUCUCCUAAGAAAAGUGUAGGAGAAGGGAAAGAUGCCAAAAAUGCAACCAAUAGCUCUGCAUCCAGGGGUGUGAAAAGUGCCACAUCAGGUUCAGGUAGUGGAAAGGCAGCAACUGCAAUACCCAUACCCAACUGCCCUCCCAUGUACAUGGAUUUGGUUUACAUCCCAAACCACUGCAGCGCCAAGAAUGUGGAUGCAGAGUUCUUCAAACGGGUUAGGUCAUCCUACUAUGUAGCAAGUGGCAAUGACCAGACAGCCCAGGAGCCCAGCAAAGCUGUCCUGAACUCACUGCUGGAGGGCAAAGCCACGUGGGGAAACAACAUGCAGGUGACCCUGAUCCCAACUCAUGACUCAGAGGUGAUGAGGGAGUGGUACCAGGAGACUCAUGAGAAGCAGCAGGACCUGAACAUCAUGGUGCUGGCCUCCAGCUCCACCGUGGUCAUGCAGGAUGAGUCCUUCCCCGCCUGCAAGAUAGAGCUGUGAACCUGAUCCUGGGCCUCGUUCCAUUCCAAAUUAUGCUUCUCUUCUUCCCUUAACUUCUCCCUUCACUGGAGUGUGCACUCUAUUGACGUUCCAAGACGUUUCUGUUAGGGAGCACCUUCUGAUGGAGGGAAGGGGUCGUAGUAAUUUGGAUUGGAACAACCCUCUGGACUCUCCUGAUCAAAUGAUCUAGUAACCGAGAGAUCUAGUGAUCAAAUGGAUCAUGUUGUUAGUGGUAUCUUUGAGUUGGGGUGAGGGAUGACGUAGACAUAGAGUAAAUGUAAACGCAUGUAAUUUAAACAAAGGCUGUGUGCCAACAUUAAUGAAAUAUACAUAGCCUUCAUUAAAAUGAUGUUCUGGUUUGAAAAAACAAUGGCAAACAUAAUUGUUUUAAUGAAGUCCACAAUACCCAAAAGAAGUAUCUGACACAAGUAUCAGCUUUCUGGAGCACUUUGAGUAAGGAAAUGUCAUAGCAAUAUCCUGUACGGAAUGAAAAAUUGUAUCUGACCACUAUAGAGAACAUAAAAUGAGAACAUAGAAUGCUCCAACUGUAUAAAUUGGUGCUCUUGACGUAGAUUGAUUUCUUCAAAAAACAAAAUUUCCCAUGAGCACCAAUUAUCAAUUAAUUAUCAAGUCAAAACAAUAUAGAAACAUUCAUGAGAAUAUACUUGUUCAUACCGGGGACAAAAAAAGGUCUGUCAAUAAUACAAAAUUAUUGAGAUAUUAUGAUGAAAUCUAUUUGUCCUCAAGGUUGGGACAACACGUCAAAAUAUGUACAAUUCUGGUACAUGCCGUUACUUUCUUAAUGUAAUCCAUUACAGUUACUAGUUACCUGUCUAAAUUUGUAAUCAGUAACAUACAAUUUGGAUUACCCAAACUCAGUAAUGUAAUCUGAUUACUUUUGGGUGAUUUUCCCCUUUAGACACAUUAGAAGAAGACACAAAGGAUCCAUCAAAAUGCAUUUGGUGUGGCAUCAUAUUGAUCUCUGACUUGUGGCCACACUCACUGGUGGAACAACCUUAAACUUGCGCCUUUGUUUAAUGCUGAAUUGAAUGUCAUUGAGAGAACAGAAAGGUGUCAAUGUAUUUUUCGCAAACAUCCUUUCUGAAUUGAAAAAGUAAUCCAACUAGUAGCCAUCUAGUUUUUCAAAAGUAGUAAUCAGUUACUCCCCCGAGUGUGAUUGUAGGUCAUCAAACAAUGCCUCAAACCACUGAUUAUAUCUCUGUCUAUAAAUAUAACUCAUCUAUCAAAUUGAUUUAACCCAGCUGCAUACACCAAAGGAUCGAGGAAAACACAUUUAAGUUAUUGCCUUAGGAAGUGAAUUGAAUGUAAAAGAUUGAUGCACUGAGGACAAAUAGCCUAUGUAAGAAUUAUUAGAAAACGUAAAACACAAUUUAACAAGAGUCCGUCCCCAACUGUCAGAUAAUCUCUGUGUAGAGUUAGUUUAGUUUGAUACUGAUGGAGUAAAUACAUAGAGCAAGAUGAAGUUUCAACUGCACUGAGGGGCCUAUGAAACAUUACACAUGUUUGUCUUAAUUCAUUGUAAUUAUUUAGAGAACAAGACAAUUCUAGUCCAGAUUUGCCCAUGACUCUGACACUAUCUUGAUUUAGAAUUACGCUGCAGGCUUUGUGAUCCUGUUCGUGCAAACGAUUGUUGAUUUGUCUUUGUUAACAUCAGUUAAUGCAAACCUUUUCUUCGGGGGCCAUGAAUUUUGUUAUUUCAUCUCAGUGUUUUAAUUGUUGUUAUUUAUUUAAUUUAUUAUGGGCUAACUUUUAAAAUGUAAUCUAGUCUCUUAAAGAUAUACAAUAUGAAAGGUAUGUGUAUAAUCGGCUAAACUUAAUUUCAAAAGCGCGUUGUUUUAAAAUAAUGUCUUAUGUUCAGAUUUGAUCUUUAUAGCUUAUUGGUUUCUAUUGAUUUAAAUAGAACUCUAUGUAGUGUACUGUAAACUUCUGCUCAGUCCGUCCUCCCUAGCCAAGUAAAACUCAACUCCACGAUGUACUUCACAUCAAUGGAGUUGAGCGGAGAUGAGAGUGGAUGGACAGGAGCUCCGACGUCACAAAGGUUUUUAACAAAAACGACGGAUUUCAGCACCCACAAAAUAGCCCGGGGAGGGGUCUGUGGAUCUCUCAGUCCGUUCAUUCAUAAGUUAGUCACGUUAUAUCUCAGACAGCUGCAUCAUUCGUGGGGGCUACAUGUUUACUGUUGCCUUGUUUUAUGUGAUUUUGGAGCUCCUGUUCGCCCACACUAGUCGCUGUUGAACUCUGUUGAUGUGAGGUACACAGGGGAGUUGAGUUUUACUUAGCUAGUCUUCCCCAGCAUUUCGUGUAGAACCACAAAUGGAGCCCUAGCGACUGCUUGAAUGUGCUAGAAUAUCUUCAGGCUUGUGAAGUGAGACACUUUCCUAACCUUACAUUUUUUUCUGUUUUUAAAACACUGUACUUUAAUUAUAAAAAGCUUUGUAGCAGGGUGAAUGGUUGGAAGAAAUAUGCAUGAGUAAUAAGCUUUUUUUCUCUUUUUAAGGAUUGGGGAAAUCUGUUCUUAUCUGCCAAAACAACAACUCAAGGCUGUGCUAAUAGAAAUGAAGACAUGCAUUAAGAGUUGGUUGUUCCUUGAGGUGUUGCCAGCUACGCCAUAAUGGCAUGGAGUGAAAAGUUAAACUAAAGGCCCUAUCUCCUGACUAUGUUGGCAAUUUUAAGAUCUUUAAAUCUGCUUCAUCAUAGUCCAUGGCCCGAGCUACUCAAGGAGGAUAUGUAAUACCUCGGCCUACCACAGGUCUAUAAAAAGCAGUGGUCAGUCGCCCUUUGUGGUUGCAAGAUGGCAGCACCUCUGCCAAAUCUCUACGAGUUAGGUAAAGCUCUGUGUAGAUACGCCUUGAGAAGAGUAAAACACGGGAGAGAGUGACUGUUUUGGGUAUGAGUUGGGGUGUGAAAGACAAAAAAACGAGACACUUUUAAAGCCAGGACAAAUGAUGAUAAUUGUAAAUGCGAAGCCAUGAACAGAACAAUAGAAAACAGAUGUUCAAACACCAACCGUCUACAUCAACCAAACGAUUUAAUGACCACGCCUAUAGGGAGGCCACCAACAUACUACAACCGUCCACCACUCAGAACAAACGGUCACUGGUUAAGUAAAAACUCACAUAGGCAAAAUAUUACAGUCAACCAACCAGGGCCUGGGACUUAGUUACUGCCUCCACAACAGGUCUCCAUGGCAACACAUUUAUCCAGUUGUCCUGUACAGCUCUGCAACCGGAUACUUUAAUCAUAAGCAUGACCAUCCUGCUGUUCAACCACAAACUAUAGUGACCGACCGACCACACACCACUCUUUCUUGAUCUUUCCUCACUCAACUACUGUACUGUAAUCUUGCUCUAUCUUCCUCUAUUUGGGGUGAUUGUUAAUACUGUCUGUCUGCAACUGUGUGGUAUAAAAUUGUCUUGUGAUCUCUGCAUCCUCUCCUUUUCCAAACUCAUAUCUAAUGUAGCGGUUAGUUUCAAGUGAAAGUAUUAUUUAGUGCUUUUCUGAUAUUUGUGUGCAAUGUCUCCUCUCCCUCCUAUGGGACAUUUGAUGUAAAGCCUACUAUUAAAACCUACAAAAAAAGAGCCACAAACUCUUGUGGAAAAUCAUGAA